GCGGGGUCGCCGCGCUCCGGGCCCGGCUGAGGCCGCCGCCAGUGACGUCAUCGGACGCCAUGGCGGGGGUCUCUUUCGAGGAGUUCUCGGCGCCGCCGGGGGCGGGGCUGGCUCUGGAGCCGCUCUUCGGGGGGAACAUUCUGGAAAGCGAGGGCGAGCCCGAGGCGGGGCCGGAGGCGGGGCCCGAAGGGGGCGGGGCCUCCACCGCGCCCCUCCCCCCACCUCAGCCCCGCCCCCGGCGCGGGGGGAGGGGCGAGGGGGAGGGGCCGGAGCUGCGGCGGCGCCGGCUGAAGCUGCAGGUGCUGGGACGGCGCUGCCGGGAGAUCCGACAGGUGAACGCGCGGGCGCUGCAGAGACUGAGACAGGUACAGAGAGUGACCCGGAGACUGCAGCUGGAGCGCAGGUUCCUGAUGCAGGUGCUGGACUCGCACGGGGAUCGUUACUGGCAGGGACAGCUGACGGUGCUGCUGCAGGACGAGGGGGGUCCCCCCGGGGGGGUCCCGGGCCCCCCGAGGAUCCCCAAAUUCUCCAACCCCGACUUCGACUGA